AUGACCCGGAAGUUUCGUUUCUCGCCAAGACGUCGUUACUAUUGUGCCAUGAUGUGCGCCACCGUGAUGGUAUUGCUUGUAGUCGCCGUGAUAGGAUAUCUGCUGACCGGGGUUUACUAUUGCUUCGAUGUGCUGAUUGAGUGGAAGGUAUCGAAAAUAUGCAACCAGUAUUAUAGUAACGAAAUUACGGGCUACAUGUGCCCGGAGCUCUGUGCCGGGGACACCAUUUCCGAGUUCCAGUGUCCAUACCGGAACCAGGCCGUACUGUAUCCUGCCAAUCCUAAUCGUUUCCUCGCACGGAAGGCUCAACAAUAUGUGGUUUUAAAGCAUGCAGUACCCGAUGUAAACUACGAGCAACUCUCGUGGAUCGAUAGCCACCGGCACGAGGAACACUUUCCGACGGAGACGGAAUAUGUUGGCAUAGUUCGGCGUUACAUUGCGUUACGGUACGAUCUGCAGCUUCCGUUUGAUAAGCUGAACAGCCUGCUAAAGCUCAAGAACAAGAACAACCACGUCCUGUUUCAUGCCAGCAUGCGCAAUAGCUGGAACUUGAUACAGAACAACGAGUAUCUACUGAGCCGGUUGUAUGAGGAGAAAGAAAUUUUCCCCCAAGUGAUCGGUACCUGUGGUGACCUGUUUCUAACCGAGCUGCUCGAGACGGUCGAGUUCGAUGAGCGGCGAUACCACUUCACGAACCACAUCGAUCUAUCCAAGUGGCGGUACCACAUCAAGGUUGCCGUCCUAAUUCUCGACUAUCUAGAGGAGAUGGCCCAAAAUCGGUUCCAGAUGUGCUCGGUACUGUUGGCCGGGUUUGGUAUUAGUGAUAGCCGCAUGAAGUACCACGAUCUACGGUAUAUUACCACAGAAGCAUCGAUAGACAGGAAGCUUUCGGAUGGACGCUGGUGCGAAUCAGAUGCAGAUUGCGCUUACUAUGAUUGUCGUAGCCGCUGCAAUACCACAUUGCGGCAAUGUACAAACCGGUUGCUAAACAACAAUCUACAGAUCGUGUGCGAGAAGAUAUUCCGUGGCACUGCCAGUGCACCAGGUAUACUGGUAACGGAGAAAAGCCCGAAUCGGUUGCUGCGUAUUCUCGAGCGUUGCGCAAAGCCUGUCAGUAAGGCGGACAUCGAUAGUCAGCGUCCUUGGGGUGCCUCAAAAAUGCUAAAAAAGCAGUUGUACAACGAGUUGACGAGUAUUUACGAGCAGCUCGCCUCUUCAAUCUACUCCUAAUUGUCAAU